AGAGGCUCCUCUGGCUCUGUUAUCAUUCAUUGUUCCCCUCUCCCGCCAGAGACCGGGGAAGAGAUCGAUCUUUCUUUUCUUCUGUUCUCCUGAGAUGGUCUAUUUGCUUGUCACUGUGCUAGCUUGAUUGCGCGAUUGAUCAUUCUUCACAGCAGGAGGAGCCCUAAUUCCUAAUUUUCUCCAUUUCACUGCCACUUGCAAAUUUCCAUCGAACACCUCUCAUUUCCUUCCGAUUACUGGCGAUUCCUUACUUGAGCAGAGAAUUUGAUUCCCAUUCAUGUUCACCAAUGAUCGGAGGCAAGAAGAGCGCACUGGCAGAUACGGAACUCAUCGGUUGCAAUACCUCCAGGAUCUAGUGAGUCGGUUCCAGAAUGCUACCGAUGAAGAAACCAAAGAAAAAAUUGUCGCAAAUCUAGCAAACUUCGCUUAUGACCCUUACAAUUACAAAUUCCUACGCCAGCUUAAUGUAUUGGAACUCUUCUUGGACUGCAUAACCGAACCUAAUGAGAAGCUUGUGGAAUUUGGAGUUGGAGGAAUAUGUAAUUCCUGUGCAGAUCCAGCAAAUGCUGCAAUCAUCACUCGGUGCAGUGGGAUCCCUCUCAUUAUUCAAUGUCUAUCAAGCCCAGUUAGAAAUACUGUAAAUUACGCACUUGGUGCACUGUAUUACCUGUGCGAUGCAUCGAACAAGGAGGAGAUUCUGAAACCAGAAGUGGUCGAUCUCAUCGAGAGGUAUGCUGCUGCCGGAGCAGUUGAUGUCAACUUCAGCAACCUUGCUAACACGUUCUUAGAGAAGCACGUUCGGCGAGAACACGUGACCGGCGUAUUUCCUCAUCUCAACUCAAGUUGAAACAGGCAACAGACGAUCACUGAGGUUGGUGAUUGGAAAAUGGGAAAGUUUGGUAGCAGCUGAAAUAUUUGAAUACUGACGAUGAAGAAACAGCUUAGGCACUCAUAGCACUAGUUGUUUUUUUGUUGCAGAAACAGCGUCAAGGUCCACUUUUUUUAUUGCAUAUUAAUAUAUAAUCGUUCUGAAGAUACCUGUUCAAGAUUUCAUAAGUGCGAGUCCACGUUGGGCAUUCGGGUGGCAGUGGGAGAGACAAUCUUGUGAAGUAUGGGAGAAAAAAAUACCUGAUUUUAUAAGUUAGUCGAGAUGCAUCAAUCGAGUCUCUUGCAUCAAUAUUGUAUUGGGGACUCACGUUUUAAGGGACUAAAUUGAUUUUCUAAGGGAC